CUCCAACAGGCACUUUUGACGCACAGGGCUCCUCGAAGUUGAGAGAUCAUCUGCGAUCCUUUAAAAAUAAAUCAAUCAAUCGACUUCGACCACAACUCAAACGAGGCUGUAAAGGUUGAUCAUGGGAAACCGGUUCAGCAGAAGGAGAGAUGCCCCGGUCAGCAGUGCUGGAACUGUGGUCACGGAGGAAAAAACUGAAGCAGAACCAGCAACAACUGAAGAGGAGAACUCUGAGAUAACACAGACUCCGGAGGCUGUCGAGACCGAGCAGCUGAAGGCCGGUGAGUCAGAGGCCUGUUCACCCAAACAUGAAUCAGGGAGUAAAGACAUGCAGAGUCUGACCUCAGCCCCACAGAAGGAUGCCGAAUCAGAGUCAACUGUGAAGGAAACUCCACCUCCGGUCCAGAAUGAACCUCUCCUCUCGACCAUCAAACCUCCAGAACCAGAAGAGCUUGCAAAGCCUGAACCUGAUACUGAAGCUCAGCUUGCUCCAAACCCAGAACCUCCCUCGCACCAAGAGUCAGAUUCUGGGCCCAUCUCAGAGCCAACCACAGCCGAACCUCUGGAGCAGUACACGGACCUGCUCAACCAAGAACCCCUCCCCGAGUCAUUCUUCUCUUCACCCCCUUUGAUCGACUGGAGUGCUCCUGAUACAGUGUCUGCACCAGCUUCCACCCCGGUGUCUGAGCUGCCCAACAUCUCGGCAGCUGAGCAACACGAAGGCAGGGCCGAGCCUGUCGGGGGCUCCACGCUGGAGCCGGAAAAGUUCACAGAAACACCCGAAUUUCUGGAAGAGGAGGCUGCAGGGUGUACGAAGACGCCCGAGAGUGAUGUCGAUGAGGAAAAUGUUUGUGAAGUCCUGCAAAACUUAGAGCUUAAAGGAAACGACCUUCUGAAUGACCUCAUUCAGGGUGAAGUCAAGAUCCCAGAAGAUGCGCCCAUCCCAGACGUGAGCGCAUCCAUCGAGCUGAUGUGAAGCCAUGAAGAGGAUUCUGUGCAAACUUCAACACUAUACUGAACAAAUUAGAAAUGAUGUCACCCCAAGUGUUCCAAUUAAAACAAAUAUCAUUUUCUUUGCUACAAAACAAACUGAUCUAAAAUCCUAAACUGAGGUUUUCUAUUUUUUUUCUCUAAAUUUAAGCAGUUUGUAUACAGAAAGUGUGUACAUAGGAUCCAAAAGCACACGAACUACACGUGUUUUAAGUAUAUCUACAGACAACAGAGAUUUUCCUCUGAGCAAACUCAACAAAUUGAUCACGUACAAAGGAGUCAGUGCUGUACAGCACUGAAACGAAUUCAAACAUCAGACAUGAGACAGAAACCGAAGCCAAAGAUGUCAGAUGUGUACAUUCCACAAUAUAACAGAGAAGAAAUGCCAAAAACUAUUUAUGUAUUGACACGAUGUUCGGACAUUGGUCAAUUUUGUUUGAAGAUGUGGCUUGCUUGUGAAAAUAAAAAUAGUAUAUCUAUA